AUGAUAACCUCUGCUGGCCGUCAUCCUCGCUUUUUGAAAACAACCUUACAUGCUCCUUCGGAUGCCUCCUCAUUGCUGGAUAUUCCUCCUCCAAAUAAUCUCGAGUUGGAAUUUAUUCAUGGGUGUAGUAAGAAGGGAUGUAAUGGUAAUAUUUUCCAUAUGAAUAAUAGUGGAGAAUUGGUCUAUCCUGCUGCUGCUUGUGGUGUUGUUUAUAAUCCAGAAAUUAAUGCUCAAAAGAUAUUUAUCAAGCACACUGAUGAUGUUACUUGUAUUGCCAAACAUCCGAAUGGAGAAACAUUUGCAACAGGUAAUUUGGGAAAGAAUAAUAUAAUUUGUGUUUGGAAUAGUAGUAACCCUUAUGAACCAAUUCAAGUUUUGGAUUCACAUAUCUUUUUCAAAAAUGGUGGUGUUUAUACACUUGCUUUUUCAAAUGAUGGAACCAAAUUGGCAGCUGUUGGAGGUCCUGAGUUAGAUAAUCUUCUAUUGGUCUAUGAUUGGCAAAGUGGAACUCUUCUAGGUCAUUGUAAAGCUCAUAACGGAGAAGUUUUUGAUUUGAGCUUUAGUCCAGAUGACAGUAAGAUUUUACUUGGAGGUAAAAAUACUGCCAAAUUCUUUGAAAUCAACGAAGGUCUCAAAGCAAAACAAGCAAUCUUUUCACCAAGAGGUACUGCUCAAUCAUCCUACACAUCCUGCUACGAUUUGGAGGGAAAUCCAAUUUGUGGUAUGAAGGACGGUUCUCUCUAUGUCUUUUCUUCAAACAAACUUGUCUUUAAAAAACAAGCUCACUCAGGAACUGUAUAUUGUAUUUAUAGAACUAGUAAUGGAUUCAUUUCAAGCGGUAGAGAUGGUAAAGUUAUUUGGUGGCAAUUCACAAAUGAAAAAGUUGAAGGUGUAAACAUGUUCAAAGAUGUUGCCUCCCUCAAUUUAAUGGAUCAAGUUAGAAGUGUUGUUCCUUCAACAGUGGAGGAUGAUGUAGUUUAUGCUUCCAGGACAAAUGGUGAUUUGGUAAGAAUUUCUAACAAGUCCAAGGUCGAGCUCUUAUUGGUUUCUCACUACGGAGAUCAACAAACUGAAUUGUGGGGAUUAUGUACAAUUCCACAAACCCCAUACUUUUGCUCUUGCGGUGACGAUGGAAGAUUAAUCUUGUGGAAUUAUGGAACAAGAAAACAUGUACAACAAAUUAAGGUUACAACAAAGGGGGAUUUGAGAUCGGUAGCAUAUUUUGGCCACUACAUUGCAACAGGUACUAAAUAUGGAACUCUUUUCGUUUAUUCUUUCAAUGGAGACUCUAUUUCAUCUCAACCUAUUGUAAAUUCCAGAGAUGCUAAAGAAGAAAUUGCUGCUCUUCAAUUUUCACCAGAUGGAAAAUACCUCGCAGCUGGUUCUCACGAUAAUAAUAUCUAUUUGUAUGAAACAAGUACCUUUAAGGUUAUCAAAAAGUUGGUGGGUCACACUUCAUUUGUUAAAUCAAUUGACUUUACUACAGAUGGUAAAUUGAUGAGAACAUUGAGUGGAGAUUACGAAGUUUUAUUGUGGGAUGUUUCUCAAGGCAAGCAACUUACUCAUGAUGGUCAUUUGGAAGAAUUUGACUGGGCAAGUGUUACUUGUACAGUUGCUUGGAAAGUUAGAGGUGUUUGGAAAUCAGACAUGGAUGGAACUGAUAUCAAUGCAACAGCUGUUCAUUUUGGAAGACAAUUACUUGUAUCAGCAGGUGAUAAUGGAAGAGUGACAACAUUCCACUAUCCAACAGCCACAACAACUCCUCAACGAGUCGAAUAUUUGGGUCACUGUUCACAUGUUACAAAUGUCAAAUUUACAGAAAAUGGUGAUUAUCUCUUCAGUGCUGGUGGAGGUGAUGUUUGUAUCAUGCAAUGGAAGAUACAAUAA